CUACUCCUUCCAGUCUUCCCAUAGUACUCUCCGGCCAAGGAAUCCCGCUUUUCCCUUCGUAGCACACGUAAACACGCAUACAGCUCAAGUUUCUUUUCCUGUGGAUCAAUCAAGCUAGCCGCGAAGCAGCGCAAUGGCGCAAUCCGGCUCAAGCGCGUCACUACCAGAUCCAUCCACAGCAAUAUUAGAGCACAGGCGAACGCGGACUCUCGAGGCGCCCAAGAAGCGCAAGGUAGAGGGGGAGGCAUUACCGUCGGCGGAUUCCCAGGCCGCCAAGCACCAGCGAUUAGAGCUCCACAAUGCGGCAGAGUUAUCCACUGCCGCUUCCGCCGCCGCUUCUUGCGUCUCAAUCUUCGGCGCCUCGACGGGCCGAUUCGAGGACCAAUUCGCCACUGACGCGCAAUUGCUCGGGUCGGGCGAAUUCGGCGUCGUGCGACAAUGCACGGACCGUGCGACAGGCGACGUUUUCGCCGUGAAAACGAUUCGCAAGGAGCAGCUAGCUGACGAGCGAAUGCGAGACGAGGUGCGGCGCGAGGUGGGCGCAAUGCGGCGCGUGGCGGGGCAUCCGGGCGUGGUGCAGCUGCGGGCGGUGUUCGAAGACGAGCGACACGUGCACCUCGUCAUGGACCUCUGCGACGGUGGCGAACUCUUUGACGAAGUCGUGCGACGCGGGCGGUUACCAGAAAAGGAAGCCGCGCUUUUAUUCCGCCAAAUCGCCAGCGCCGUCGCGUUCUGCCACUCAAAAGGCGUCAUGCAUCGCGACCUCAAACCGGAGAACAUUCUCUUAUCCAAACAGAAAGUAUCGGGUACAGAAGUAGCUUGCGCGAAACUCGCCGAUUUCGGCCUCGCAAUCGCGCUUAACCAGGGGGAACGAGCCUACGGCGCAGCGGGGUCGCCGUUUUACAUGGCGCCGGAGGUGCUGAGCGGCGAGUACGGGGUGGAGGCGGACGUGUGGUCGCUGGGCGUGGUGCUGUACGUGCUGCUGAGCGGCAGCCCGCCGUUUUGGGGCGCGGACGACAACGCCGUGUUCCGCGCCGUGAUGGAGGCGCCGUUGGACCUCACCAGCGGCGCGUGGGCGGGGGUGUCGGCGGAGGCCAAGGGGCUGCUCCGCUGCAUGCUGCACCGCGACCCGCGCCGAAGACCCUCCGCCGCCAAGCUGCUCUCGCACCCCUGGAUCCUCGUCCAUGCCUUCGGCGGCCGCGUCGUGCGCCGCGCCGUCGGCGCGCGCGCGCCGCAGCAACCGCAUAUGGGGGUUGGUGCUGCGGCAUCAGGGGGCGUGGUACCGACCUCAGCGUGAAAACAGCAGCAGCGGUGGCAUGGAGCCGACGAAGAGAAUGUGCGCGUUACAGGCAAAUGCUUCAUUUGCUUCUAGCUGCACCGAUUAUUGUAGUGUACAUAUUUAGCUAGCUGAUCAACACCGGCAGCAAAGCUGCUGGUAACUAUAUUUUGUUGGGGAGAGGGGGAAGCAUUUACAUCACUUGCUGUGAUGCAGACUGCUGGCGCCUCAAGCUGACAUGACAUGACUGCUGUCAUUCUGAUCUGACUCCGACUGACUUGUAUAGCCCUGUGGGGUGUAUUAUUGAAG